AUGGACGUGAACGUGGACGUGGACGUGGACAUGGAGGUGGACGUGGACGUGGACAUGGACGUGGACAUGGACGUGGACGUGGACGUGGACGUGGACAUGGACGUGGACAUGGACGUGGACGUGGACGUAGACGUGGACGUGGAGUGGACGUGGAGAGUGGACGUGGACGUGGACGUGGACGUGGACGUGGAGGUGGACGUGGACGUGGACGUGGACGUGGACGUGGACGUGGACAUGGACGUGGACAUGGACGUGGACGUGGACGUGGACGUGGACAUGGACGUGGACGUAGACGUAGACGUGGACGUGGACGUGGACAUGGACGUGGACGUGGACGUGGACGUGGACGUGGAGGACAUGGACGUGGACGUGGACGUGGACGUGGACGUGGAGAACUUGGACGUGGACAUGGACGUGAACGUGGACGUGGACGUGGACGUGGAGGACUUGGACGUGGACAUGGACGUGGACGUGGAGUGGACGUGGACGUGGACGUGGACGUUGACGUGGACGUGGACGUGGACAUGGACGUGGACGUGGACGUGGACGUGGACGUGGACGUGGACGUGGACAUGGACGUGGACGUGGACGUGGACGUGGACAUGGAGGUGGACGUGGACGUGGACGUGGACAUGGACGUGGACAUGGACGUUGACGUGGACGUGGACAUGGACGUGGACAUGGACGUGGACGUGGACGUGGACGUGGAGUGGACGUGGAGUGGACGUGGACAUGGACGUGGACGUGGACGUGGACGUGGACGUGGACGUGGACGUGGACGUGGACGUGGACAUGGAGGACGUGGACGUGGACGUGGACGUGGACGUGGAGAACUUGGACGUGGACAUGGACGUGGACGUGGAGGACUUGGACGUGGAGGACUUGGACGUGGACAUGGACGUGGACGUGGACGUGGACGUGGACGUGGACGUGGACGUGGACAUGGACGUGGACGUGGACGUGGACAUGGACGUGGACGUGGACAUGGACGUGGACGUGGACGUGGACGUGGACGUGGACAUGGACGUGGACAUGGACGUGGACGUGGACAUGGACGUGGACGUGGACGUGGACGUGGACGUGGACGUGAACAUGGACGUGGACGUGAACAUGGACGUGGACAUGGACGUGGACGUGGACAUGGACGUGGACGUGAACAUGGACGUGGACAUGGACGUGGACGUGGACAUGGACGUGGACGUGGACGUGGACAUGGACGUGGACGUGAACAUGGACGUGGACAUGGACGUGGACGUGGACGUGGACGUGGACGUGGACGUGGACGUGGACGUGGAGGUGGACGUGGACGUGGAGGUGGACGUGGAGUGGACGUGGACGUGGACGUGGAGGUGGACGUGGACAUGGACGUGGACAUGGACGUGGACGUGGACGUGGACAUGGACGUGGACGUGGACGUGGACGUGGACGUGGACGUGGACGUGGACAUGGACGUGGACGUGA